AUCGAUCCAUCUGUCUACUCCACUGCUGCUGGGGCCGUGCCGGACUGUGAGCGAGGCUACGAGAUUCUUCUGCGGAUUCAACUGAAACUUGGAACCCGUGGCUGCAAUGGACCUGUCGCUGCUGGACCUCCCGGACGACGCGCUGCUGGCCGUGCUGGCCUACCUGUCCCGGGCGGAGCUGCUGGGCUGCCGGGUGGUGUGUCGCCGCCUGCGCGACCUCUGCCUUCACCGCCACUUGUGGAAGUCCGCCGCCAUAGACACCGUGAAGCGGCUCCCGGGCGCUCCGUGUCCUCCCCUGCCUCCGGAAACUCUCUUUCGUGAACCCGGAACGGUGGCUGACGGUGGCGCUAAGAAAGAAGGUGCUGUCGUUGGUGGCCAGCACCGAGUGCGUCGUCGCUGAUCUUGAAGUGCGUGCGGGUUCUGAUUACGACGAUGAAGUGGUGCGCUUGGCUACGGCCAUUUGGGUUUUAAAAAAUUCUUAGCUCUUGGUGGCUUGCGAGCGCUUGGACUGCAGUUUGCUAACCUUGAGGAUCCGAGUUCUCUUGCUCCCCUUCUGAAGGCGGCUUUCAGUGUUGGCGGACUCCGCGAAUUGCGGAUCGAUCUAGGACAGACGAUUCCGCCAAAUGCGGCUCCAUGGUCCUUUUCGGAGAAACGACCCUCCUUGACCAAGCUGGAGUACUUUGGUAAUUUGGACCCCUUACUCGAAUCGUUGCUCACAACCCACGCGCCAACCCUGGAAGAUGUAAGUUUGAGCCUAAGUAAAACAGAUCACCUUCCAAUGAUGCCAUGCCUUCGCUCGUUUGCUUGCAAGGCCAGUGCCUUGCUUGAUACAGCGGCUCUGUCGAACCUAAACACUCUCAAGUUCUUCGAUGCUCCACUACACUUUUCUCCCAGUGCCCUAGACUUUCUCCGCCAGGCGCCCCACCUCAGAUCGGUGUCGUUUCCUUUACCUCGGGAAAACCACACGGCCCCGCUGCAGGCUCUGGCGAGCUCGCCCUCUGCCCGCCUCGUCGAAUCCCUCACUGUGCGCUGGAAAAGCAGGAACCUGGACGCGAUCGGUGUGGAGUUGGCAGCGAACAUCCUGCCCGACUUCCCUUCCCUGCAGUCCCUGUCCUUGGAGUGCUGGCUACAUGGAGAUGCUGUGGACGGUUUUCUGCAGGCAGUGACCCCCACGUCUGCGCCUAGCCUCACCUCGCUCACGAUGAAGCAACCUUUUCAUUCGUGCCGCCAUGGCUGGCUGCACUUCCCUGCGGUUCAGGAACUCCUGGAAAGGAACCCGCGCCUCCACCUUCACGUGCUCGGAGGAAAUCGGGCAGAGUGUCGUUGUGAGUGGUGCCGCCUCGGUUGCCAUGAGGAGCUGCGGAAACUGGUCAAUCUGCAAGAUUUUGUGUUGGCUGCUCACCGCAGGAUGGCGGGCUGCCCGAGUGGCUGCCGUAGGUGGCCGUUGUGAUCUGGUGUCGUGACAGAAAUCCUGAAAGUGCAUUGUCAGUCUGCAAUUAGCAUACUGGUGUGACUUUAAGCAGGUGUUUUUUAUUGUGUUUGGAACUGGUUCUAUUUGCAACUUGCUGAAGACAAACUGUUUUCUUUAUUGUGUUGUGAAACAGCUCUUAUGUAUUUCCGUCUGAUAUCUUUAUUAGCAAUAUUAUCGGUUUUGUUUGAUUAUAUACUAUGUAUAAUUACUUGAAUAAUUAAACUAUUUGCACUUA